AUGGCGGUGGCGGUGCCAGCUCGGCCGGCCCGCGGGGCUUUUGUAGCCGGGGGUCGCCCCGGCCCCCCGCUGCUCCCGGUGUUUGCCAACCGAAUGGGCUGCGAGGGGUGGUGGCUGCAGGAGGACAACCACAGCUACUACGUCUCGCGGAGCUACGGCCCGGGGGACGCGCGCCGCGCCGCGCUCUGGGUGGACAUGGCGGCGGCCAGCGGGGGCCGCGCCAAGGUCCACGGGAUCCUCUCCAACACGCACCGGCAGGCCUCGUCUGCCCGCUCAGGUUUCAUCUUCACGGGGGACGUCAUGCACCGCAUGCUGACAGCCACGCAGUACAUCGCCCCGCUCAUGGCCAACUUCAACCCCAGCUACUCGCACAACUCCACCGUGCGCUACCUGGACAACGGGACGGUGUUCGUGGUGCAGUGGGACAAGGUUUAUCUCCAGGGCAAGGAGGACAUGGGCAGCUUCACCUUCCAGGCCGCCCUGCACAGCAGCGGGAGGAUCGUCUUCGGCUACAAGGAGAUCCCGGUGCCCGUCCUGCAGAUCAGUGCCACCCAGCACCCCGUCAAGGCCGGGCUCUCCGACGCCUUCAUGGUCCUCAACCGUUCUCCGGACGUUCCCGAGUCCCGCCGCCGGACGAUCUACGAGUACCACCGCGUGGAGCUGGACGGCAGCAGGAUCCGCAGCCUGUCGGCCGUGGAGUUCACCCCGCUGCCCACCUGCCUGCAGCACCAGAGCUGUGAAACCUGCGUGGGCUCGGAGCUGCCCUUCAAGUGCAGCUGGUGCCACUCUCAGGUGAAGGGGCGCGGCCCGGCGCGGCGCGGCGCGGGCGCCGCCGUGCCCGCGGCCGCCCUGGCGUCCCUCGCGGCGGCCGCGGUGGCCCUGGCCGGGCUCCUGGUGGCCGGGAUCUACGUCAGCGGCCGCCCCACGUGCGGCGCCACACUCUUCUUCAUCCAGCGGAGGCCGCCCCGCUGGCCCGCCAUGAAAUUCCGGAGCCGCGGCCGCCGCAGCUCCUACGCCGAGGUGGAGGCGGCCAGCCAGGAGAAAGAGGGAAUUGUGGAGGCCGAGCAGUGCUGAGCGCUUCUCCCGAGGAAUCCCUCCCGAGGGAUCCAUCCCGAGGAAUCCUGAUAAUCCUUCCCAAGGAAUCCAUCCUGAGGAAUCCAUCCUGAG